AUGACUUCCAACACCACCACCACCACCACCACUGCUGCUGCUGCUACUGCCAACCAGGCACUCAUUGCCCUUCUUGACCAGCUGAAUGCACUGGUUGAACAGGUCCUGCAGUCCAAGUCAGAAGAAGAGAAAAUGAGAUUGAGUCGAAGCAUUGCUUCUAAAUUGAACGACGCAAUUCGUUCUUACCAGACAGUCGCCACCUACAUCCCCCUUUGCCUGCUGUCAAUGGCAGCUGAGAUCCAUCAGGCUCAGAGGGGUACUGUGCGCUUGGUGAAAGUACCAGAUUGGAUUCGCGUUGGGAGCAAUGAGGACAUCUACCGGGCUCAUCCCUUAUACCCCAAGACCUUGGGUCCGGCACCCAAUAGACCUGUACCCUUUCAGUGA